AUGACCAAAAGAAAGAAUGUCACGGGUUAUAUGGCCAUCGAAGAAAACGGCAUUGAAGUGUGGCCAAAAGCUUUCGUCGAAGCGGUUUAUUUGGCGUGUAGCGAAGAGGUGCAGCGCUUGAAGGAUGUGGGGACUGAAAAGGUGAUCAAGAUGAUUCCAAAAUGCGAGAAGUGCAAGAGCAGAGAGCUUCCAUGCAAACUGAAGACUGGGCUUCGAACGGAUAGAAUGAGCUGCAGCAAUUGUAGCAGCACGAAGCCCUGCUCGCGGCCGGCCGACUACAUGUGGAAGACUCUCGGGGCGACUUGGACGGAGUACUCCGUCACACCGGACCAGUUUCGAUAUUGGUAUCCUAAAGUUAUGACCCCCAAAAGCAUCUACGUCAUCAAGGACAGUGGCGAUCGUCCGAUUUCUGAAGUAACGGGGAGAAAAGGAGGAAAAGCAUCGAAGAAUAAAAGUAGGGGUCCGGACAGCGAUGAGGACGAAGUGGAGGACAAGGAGGGGGACGGGGAUAGGGACGGGGGCAAGGAGGAGGAGGAGGAUGAACAAGGAGUUGAUCAGGACCCUUUGCCUUCCACAUCACGAAAACACAGCCAAGAUAGUUUGCGUGCUGCAAGUACCCAGGAUCGGAAGCUUUGGUCUCAGAAACCCGCAGAAUCGCCCACGCCUGACUUGCAAUUGACGGCCGAGAACAGGAGAUUGAAGAAGGAGUUGGAGUUGGCAGAGUCAGAGAAUGAGAGGUUGCGGACGCGGUUGUUGGAAUUUGAGAAGACUGUGGGUGAAUUCAAGGAGGAUGCGAUGGAGAAGCAGAUAGAUAUCGCGCGGUUCAAACAAGGUUCCGCUGCACUUUACUCCAUUCUUGAUGCAUCACAUGGCCAAAACGAGGACUUUCGUCAACGCCUCACCCAUCUCAUGAACGAUAGCAUGUUCUUACGCCUUCGCCUGGACGUUGAUGGACAGCCCGAGUCACAGCUUCACAAGGACAUGAAUAACAUGUUGCGUGAAAUGGCGGUUCGGGUGUUACAUUUGCCAGGCCCUGUCUGGACAACAGCGGAGAAGGAGCGGAUCGAAAAGACUUUCAAUCCUGCAGAAGGAAGCUCGGGAACUAAGCGGUCGGGUGGGGAUUUAGAGGAAGAGUCAGAGUCUCGAAGGAAGCGGGCACGGAUGCUUCUCACAGGCAAAAGUGUUGAACGGGUGGGGUCGGAGUCGACUUGA